CUUGGCAAACACUAAUGAACUGCUCCCAUUCUCUAAUUGCAUAUUUUGGCAACUAUCGGAUUUCAAAGGAUAGGGCGCGGUUGCUAGUGGUAGUACAAGGUGCACGUCCGGACGCAUUGCCAAAUUUGGUCGUCGUUGAUAGGGGCUUCCAGACGCUUCCUUGCCACGUUUGGUCAGCCGACUCUUAAUCACCAUCAGCCGCGCCGACAGUUCCAGCGCAGCCUCACUGCUUCGCAAGGUUACGACAUUCGCUCUGCCUGGCAAAACGCAUCGGACUAGUUGGCGAGAUUGCAGCGCCUUAUUUAUUUUCGCGGCCCCCCCAAGAUGGCGUCAGGUUCAGAUUCCGAUGCUCCUGAAACGAGCUACAUCAUGAAGGACAGGGAAGACGCCAGCUUAGUCGGCACACACUGCCAAUACGAAUACUGCAACCAGCUUGAUUUCCUCCCCUUUUUCUGCCAGUCAUGCACAAAGACCUUUUGCUUGGACCACCGCUCAGAAUCUGCACACAAGUGCUCGAAUCCCGGGGCGUGGGCGGAACGGAAACGACAGGCUCAGCUGUCAAAGCCUUCCAUAGGCCAAGGAAGGACGCUGCGAGAUAAGAUCUCGGAGAAGCCAUGCGCUGCAGACUGCGACACGAUUGUCGGCACGUCAUUAACACCAGGUGUCCACUGCGAUACCUGUAACGGGGAUUACUGCUUGAAACACCGCUUCAAGGAUGAUCACAACUGCAAGAACUUGACGCCGCUUGGAGCACGGCCCAUGCAAAUCGAUGUUGCUCAGAGGACGAAAUCCGCAUUGGAUCGACUUCGGGCAUGGGGAACGGCCAAGAAAGAACAGGCUGGCAGGGCGUUGCCCAAGCCCAAGCCCAGCUCAGCAGCAGCCCGCCUGGUUGCCGUCAACAACUUGAAGAAAUCUGCAAAGGGCGACGACAAGCUAGCACCGGAGAAGCGCGUCUAUGUCUAUGUGGAGGCUGAGGCCGAGACAGCAAAGGCCAAGUUCCCCAAGGGCGAAUUCUUCUAUUCCAAGGACUGGGUCAUUGGCAGAGUACUGGAUGCCGCGGCAAGGAGUCUCCAGGUACAGAAUAUCAACAAUCAGAGCUCAGAUGAGCGAGACAAACUACGGAUUUUCCAUGUAGAGGGCGGCAGGCUUUUGGAAUUCGGCGAGAAAGUUGGGACGGCGUUACAGAGCGGGAAUACCUUGGUGCUGUUGAGGGGUGUCGGUGCACCUCCGGAUUUGAUUGAGGUAUGAAGAAGACGACGAGAAUAGACCGCAAUCUCAGGAUACUUUUUUUUUUUUUGGUU